CCUGGAAAUAGACCUAAUGUGACUCUUUCCUUUCAUUGAUGGCGUCCUCGUAUUUCUCUCAUUGUUCAUGUCAGGCACACUGAUGGUGAUCUCCCUCCUGUCCAUUGUGUACGGAGCCCUGCGCUGCAACAUCCUGGCCAUUAAGAUCAAAUAUGACGACUAUGAAGUGGACAUCCGGCCGAUGGCGUAUCUGUGCAUCUUCCUGUGGAGGAGCUUCGAGAUCGCCACCCGUGUGGUGGUGCUGGUGCUGUUCAGCUCCGUGCUGCAGCUCUGGGUCCUGCCUGUGGUUCUGCUGAAUUUCCUUGUUUUCUUCCUCUACCCCUGGAUCCUGUUCUGGCAGAGUCACUCGCCGUUCCCAGAGAAUAUAGAAAAGACUCUGACCAGGGUGGGAACCACCAUCGUGCUUUGCUUGCUCACCUUCCUCUACGCCGGCAUCAACAUGUUCUGCUGGUCGGCCGUGCAGGUGAAACUCAACGACCCAGACCUCAUCAAUAAGUCCCAGAACUGGUAUCGCAUGGCCGUGUACUACAUGCUGCGCUUUGUGGAGAACGCCUCCCUGCUUCUGCUGUGGUACAUCUACAAAACAGACUUCUACAAGUUCAUCUGUGCGCCGCUGCUGGUGCUGCAGCUGCUGGUCGCCUACGCCAUAGCCAUCUUCUUCAUGCUGGUCUUCUACCAGUUCUGUCAUCCGUGUCGGAGGCUCUUCUCCUCCAACAUGACCCAGGGCCUGUGGGACUGCUCCUCGCUUCUGUGUCUCAUGUGCAACUCCACUUCACCGCAGAACAGGCCGAUGGGAAAGGCCGUCUUGGAGCCGCCGAGAACCUCCACAUGCAAAGAGCCGGCCGAUGAUGGAGCCCAUGACUCAGCCAGUGAGCCCACAGACGACGCCCCUAACGACACGACGUACGACAUGCUCGACGACACAGUCUAUGACAUUCCCAAUGAAAUGGGCAGUAAUGUAGGAGUCGGAAUCAACGGCAACCUCAGCCACAGUGUCACCUGCAACGCUUAGAGCAUCCCAAUGUGUACGGUGCCAUUCAGAGGAUCCACUCUGACAGUUAUCAUACCCUCAGUUACCUUUUAAGUGCCACAUGGAUCCGCCUGUGAGUUGAGUUUACAUUUUAAAUCCUUCAAACUUAAUCUCACACAUCCCAACUGUGUUUUCUACCAUAGUCUGACACUUCUACAUGAAGCAAAUACGUCCUUAACUUGAGAUCUGUCCUGGCUGCAAACAUGCUUCGUGUUAACCUGUAUAAAAGCACUACAGAAGUGGUGCUCACUACUCAUCACCCAACAUCCUGACCCGUCAUCCUGCAAAUAAAAACCCAUGGAUGCCAUUAUUUUUUGUAAAUUUGGAAACUAUAUGUGCUGCAUUACUGAUCACAAGGAGCCAUACAUUUGAAUUGAUUGUAUUUAGUCUUUGGCAUGGAGGUGUGCAUGUGUGGAGCCUCUGAUGAGGUGUCUCCAGGGGGGAGAGGGUCUGUUUGAUCAGUUGUAUUUCUCUGGACCUCCUGCUAGUCUAUGCGGCUGCAAGCAAUCAGCUUUUUUACUCCUUGAUAAGAGCUUUAUCAGAAACACAUGCUGCUUCCUCUGUAUUUGUGCUUGUCACUGAGACGAGAACCUCCACACAUUGUCGUUAAAGAGCCUGUGUAAUCACCAAACACGUUACUGUGAACGCACGCACAUCUCUGAGUAUAAUGUUUUUUGCACGUUUACAAUAAAAAUGAUUUAAGUGGCUUAGAUUCAACCGCUGAGCAGCAAAUGCUGUUGUGAUGUGAAAUGCUUGUUAAAAUGUAUUUGCAUUUUUUUUUAAUUCAUGCUAUAGUCGCAUCUAUCGUCAGUUACACAUUUACAGUGCACAAAUCUGUAACAAAAUAUAUUUUCUUUUUUUCCACCUUUAUGUAUAAUUGUGUGUGUGAGAGAAUGUCAGUGUUGUUUGACUUGGCACGCCUUUUUUCAAUGUAUCUGCAGAGGAACGACGACCUCGCCAAUCACACGAAUGCUCCUGGUAUUUGUACAAAUAAGAACAAGCCAAAAAGAUAAAUAACUUGAGUGACACAUGAAAUAUUCUCAUACAUUAACAAGACACAAGGCAUUUUAAAAGAUGAUAC